AUGGUGCGGUUUAAUCAUUCCGAGGACCAGUCCUCGCCCGCGUCUUCGUCGACAACGAAGCGGAGGGACCUGUACGACGUGCUCGGACUCGCGAAAUCUUCGAGUGUGACUGGAUCGGACAUACGGAGGGCGUAUCACAGGUUGGCGCGCUCGCAUCACCCGGAUAAAGUGCGAGGCGACGACGAAGCCAUCGCGGAGGCGACGCGCGCGUUUCAAGAGAUCGGACACGCGUACAGCGUCCUGAGCGAUCCCGAGCAAAGAAAGACGUACGAUGAGAUCGGAAUGAAGAUGUUCGAGAAUCCGGGAGCGAACGAUCACUUCGAGGCGGAGAUGGCGAGGAUGAAGUAUUGCGAGGCGCUCGGCAUUCGCGAGUGCGUCGUCAUGGAGGUGUGGUGCGCGUUGGAGGAGCUCUUCACCGGGUUCGAGCGAAGGAUGGGGGUGAUGGUGCUGGGCGUGGACGAGCGAACGCGUAAGGCUGUGCCGAUGAAUCGGAUAUUCACGCUUCGCGUCCAUCGAGGCUGGAGAGACGGAUUUGAGGUUAAGUUUCAGCCGAGCGGGAGCGACUUGCAGAGUGUGAUGUUCGUCAUUCGGGAGAGACGUCAUGAGAGAUUUGAGCGCGCGAACGCGGGUUUCGAUCUCGCGACUUGGAUCGCGCUCGAACCCUCCCAAGCGGUGAAUGGGUGCGUCAUCACUACAAAGAGUAUUAGUGGGCGGGAGAUCAAACUAGCAGUCAAGCCGAACUCGGACACGAUUCGCAAAGGGGAGAAGAAAGUCAUCAAGGGCGAGGGAUUUCACAUUCCCGGGUCAAAUCAGAGAGGAGACUUGAUUAUCUAUUUUCGUGUUAUGAAUCGUGUGGAGGCGUAUCUCAGACAAGGCACAGGUUGGCGCAUGAAAUGGGUGAAACGCGUCGCCAUCGGCUUGACCAUUUGGAUCGCGCUCAACGUAGCUAGCGAGAUUUUGCUGUACUACGUGGAGGACAUACUGAUGUUUCGAGGAAUUCCAGACGCUUUCUUGCUCGAUCAGUUUCCUGCGUAUUACGGCGAAUUCGACACCUCGUGGUGGUGGCCGAAAGUGAAGGUUCCACAGCAACUCGUCAAUGAUGCCACAGGACGAGCGCUUGGAGGCCUUGCACACUACCAUAUGUCAGACGUACCUAGCCGAGCGUUGCUUCGCGCGAUAGUACAGGGAGGGGUCAUGACGAGGCCGAGAAGAUAG